CCCUGCUCCGCCCGGAACCGGCUCUGCGGCGCCCGCGGCUGCGGCGGGGACGACAGCAUGGGCGGCCCGCGGGCCUGGACGCUGCUCUGCCUCGGGCUCCUGCUCCCGGGAGGCGGCGCCGCGUGGAACGUCCCGGGCGCCCGGUUCUCGGGUCGCAGGAACUGGUGCUCCUACGUGGUGACCCGGACCGUCUCCUGUCAUGUGCAGAAUGGCACCUACCUCCAGCGAGUGCUGCAGAGCUGCCCGUGGCCCGUGGGCUGCCCUGGGAACAGCUACAGAACCGUGGUGCGACCCAUGUACAAAGUGAUGUACAAGACAGUGACCGCUCGAGAAUGGAGGUGCUGCCCAGGACACUCGGGGGUGACCUGUGAGGAAGGCUCCCCUGGCUUCCUGGAGCCCACGUGGUCAGGCAGCAGCAUGCGGCGGAUGACAGUGAGGCCCACAGCCUUCUCAGGUUGUCUCAACUGCAGCAAAGUGUCUGAGCUGACAGAGAGGCUGAGGGCGCUGGAGGCCAAGGUGGCUGUGCUGAGUGUGACAGAGCAGACAGUGUCCUCAGUCCCAGCUACCCCCGAGGACUCUGCCCUGCUCUGGGGCUCCCCAGCUGCCCGGGGCAGCCCUGGAGAUGGAGGCCUGCAGGACAGAGUUGAUUCUUGGGAGCUUCCUGGGCCCACUGGCCCCAAGGGAGACACUGACAGGCAGGACCCCAUAAGGAUUAGAGGCCCACCAGGCCCACAGGGACCCCCAGGACGCCCUGGCCAGACAGGAGCUGCGGGCACCCCUGGAAAGAUGGGCCCUCCGGGCCCUCCAGGUCCACCUGGGCCCCCAGGACCUCCAGCCCCUGUCGGGCCCCCCAGUGCCCAGGUCUCCCUGCAUGGAGAUCCGCUGCUGUCUAAUACCUUCACCGAAAUGGGAAGCCACUGGCCCCAAGGACCCACUGGGCCUCCGGGUCCUCCAGGCCCCCCAGGGCCCAUGGGCCCUCCUGGACUUCCUGGCCCCACGGGUGCCCCUGGGAGUCCUGGACACAUGGGAACGCCAGGCCCCUCUGGACCCAAAGGAACGUCUGGCCCCCCGGGAGAAAAGGGAGAGAGAGGACUGCCUGGGGAACCUGGCCCCCAGGGUUUGAUGGGGUUUCCGGGAGAACCUGGCCCCAAAGGAGACCCUGGUGAGAAGAGUCACUGGGGGGAGGGGUUGCACCAACUACGCGAGGCUUUGAAGAUUUUAGCUGAGAGGGUUUUAAUCUUGGAAACAAUGAUUGGGCUCUAUGCAGCAGGCUCAGCUGGAGCUCCUGGCCAGACGGGUCACACUGCUGGAAGCCAUCAUCUGGCCAGAACCAGACUUGGGAUCCGGGGCAGGCCCUGAUGGCACAGGUACCCCCAGCCUCCUUCGAGGCAAGAGGGGAGGACACCCAACCAACUACCAGAUCAUCACCCCCAGGAGACGCAACGAGAGGAGCUGAGAGGGUGGUGGUGGUGGCUCUUCGGGGUUCAACACCAGGCUUCCUCCCCCAGCCUGGACUUGACCAGCUGCCGCCAGGGACUGCCAGUUCCUAUUUAUCACUAUCCUCAGGGACCCCUGUGCCAUGUUGGUCUUAGGGGUAGGCAGAUCUCAGUGAUGGCAGCCUGUACAUGACAGACUAAACAGGGACUGGGCCUCAAAGUCAGGCCUCAUUUGCACCUGGCUUCGUUCCCUCUGUGAAAUGGGGUGAAGAGGCUCUGAAGGGGGUAGAUGGAGGUACGAGGCUUCCAGUCCUCUCAGCUGCCUACAGUUGGGACCAAGGACUGCCUGGCCCUGCAGACAUGCAAGGAUUGGGGCAGAAGCCUCAGGUCCCCUCCUGUAGAACCUUGGGAGUCCAGUGUGCCCCUCGUUUUCUGGUGCUGAGUUUCCGCCUGAGUCAGGCUGCUUAAUUGCUAACGGAAUGGUUGGUGCUUCUUACAUCAGUUCUACCCCAGGCCCCCGCUGCUCCCAUGUCCCAUGAGGGAAUGGGAUGUGUAGAAGGGACUCCUCUUCCAAGUGUCUGCUGCGGAUGCCAUGGAUUGCUAUGUAUGGGACAAUAAACAUCCUUGCUUGACUCCA